AUGCGUCUUUCGACUAUCUCUGUCAGUCUUCUCGCGGCUGGGUCUGCCACGGCCAGUCUCGAGAAGCGUGCACCGCUUAUUAGUCGAGAUGAAAGUGGUAUUGAGGGAAAGUACAUUGUUAUGAUGAAGCCAGCCUCCAACAGUAUUGCACGCCUCAAGUCCGCAGCAAAGGCUAUUGAUAUCAAGCCUGAUGUGGUUUUUGACAAUUUGGGUGGAUUUGCCGCCAGUCUGUCUGCCCGAGAUGUGGAGGACUUGCGCGACAACCCCAAUGUCGCAUACAUUGAGCAAGACUCAGUUGCCAGAAUAUCGGCUGUUCAAAAACAGGCACCUUGGGGUCUUGCGCGAAUCUCAAGCAAGAAGACCGGGGAGACAAGAUACUCGUAUGAUGAUUCGGCAGGCAAAGGAACCUGCGCCUAUGUGCUUGAUACAGGGAUUGACACAACGCAUCCUGACUUUGAGGGUCGUGCUGAGUUCAUUGCCACGUACGUUGACGACAUCUGGGAGGAUGAUCAUGGCCAUGGCACUCACUGCGCCGGUACAAUCGGAUCCAAGACUUAUGGAGUCGCAAAGAAGACACAUCUUUACGGAAUCAAACUCUUCAACUCUUCUGGAGAAGGAGUAGCAUCUUCUAUCAUUGCUGGCAUGGACUUGGUCUUGCGUGAUGCCCCCACGAGAGACUGUUCCAAGGGUGUUGUCGUAAGCAUGUCAUUCGGAGAGAUCCCUUCCAAAAGUAUCAAUGAUGCAGCCAAAGCCCUUGUCAACGCUGGCUUUUUUGCCGCUGUGGCUGCUGGUAACGGCGACGAAAAGGGAAGGCCAGUCGAUGCGUCAAGUAACUCACCUGCCUCGGAGCCCAGCGUCUGCACCAUUGGCGCGACAGCAAAGGAUGACACUGUCGCUACGUUCUCCAACUUUGGCAAGGUUGUUGAUCUUUAUGCUCCUGGUGUUCAGGUUCUUAGCACAUGGCCGGGAGGUAUUACCCGUUCUAUUUCGGGCACAUCUAUGGCUACACCUCAUGUUGCUGGUGUUGCAGCCUACUUCCUCGGUCUUGGAAAGUCUGCCACUGGUCUUUGCGAGUACCUUCAGAGUAUCGCUCUGAAGGAUGUUAUUAAGGGUGUUCCUCAAGGGACUAAGAACCUUUUGCUCCAGAACGGUCAGGCAAAAUAA